AUGGCCUCUCAAGCUAUUCCUAAAGAUUUGUAUACUUAUACAAAUGAUGAAAGGUUGAAUGUCCAUUUCUAUCAAAAAUAGUCUAUAGUUAAUGAUUUAUGCGAUUAAAGGAAAUCAUGUUUGCAAGGAAUAGAGAAAGAGUUUUAAUUUAUGCAGAUCUACUCCACUUGGAAAAUAUGUAGAACCAGAAUUUUGUAAAGACAAUGCUAUGACACUAGUCGAUUGCUUUUUAAAAGUGUAAUAUAUUGCAUUCAUUUAAUUAUGUAGAUAAAGAAAUGGCAAAUGUAACUACUCCUUUUAGAAAGUAUUUGACAUCGCUAAAACAGGUUAGUAUGCAUAGGAAAGUCUGGAAGAUUAUUUGAAAUGUUGA